AUGGCGACCUUCCUCGAUAAUGCAUACAGCUUGGUGCACCAAGACAACACGGCCGACCAGCCGUCGUUGCAGGACCUCAAGAACCAACUGGAAAAGGGUACCGACGAGUCCAAGCAAGAGACGAUGAAGCGCAUCUUGACAAUCAUGCUCAACGGCGACCCAAUGCCUCAACUCCUAAUGCACAUCAUCCGUUUCGUCAUGCCGUCCAAGAGCAAGGCCCUGAAGAAGCUGCUAUACAUGUACUACGAGGUCUGCCCCAAGCAUGAUGCUGGCGGCAAGUUGAAGCAAGAAAUGAUUCUGGUCUGUAACGGUAUCCGUAUGGACUUGCAGCACGCCAACGAGUACAUCCGCGGCAACACUCUCCGUUUCCUCUGCAAGCUUCGCGACGCCGAACUCAUCGAGCCCCUUCUUGCGCCUGCACGCCAAUGUCUCGAACACCGCCAUUCAUACGUCCGCAAGAACGCUGUCUUCGCCAUUGCUUCCAUCUACCAACACAACGAGGCUCUCAUGCCCGAUGCUCCCGAGCUUCUCCAGGCCUUCCUCGAGUCAGAAAGUGACGCUACCUGCAAGAGAAAUGCUUUUGCUGCUCUGAUCUCCAUCAGCCACGACCAGGCUCUUGAGUACCUGAGCUCCGUCUUUGAGGGUAUCCCCAACGCCGACGAACUGCUCCAGCUUGUUGAGCUCGAAUUCAUCCGCAAGGACGCAGUCACAAACUCGCAGAACAAGGUCAGCCUGCGCCACAGCACCAACCACUUAGCUUCUCUGACCGUGACUAGNGCACGCUAUCUUCGUUUGAUCUUCGAUCUUCUCGAGGCCAAGGAGUCUACCGUCGUCUACGAGGCCGCAUUCUCGCUCACAGCUCUCACAAGCAACCCUGUCGCAGUGAAGGCAGCCGCUGCCAAGUUCAUCGAAUUGGCCAUCAAAGAGUCGGACAACAACGUGAAGCUGAUUGUCCUCGAGAAGGUCAACCAGCUGCGUCGCGUUAACGAAGGCAUUCUCGAUGACUUGACCAUGGAGGUUCUGCGCGUCUUGUCUAGUCCCGAUCUUGAUGUCCGUAGAAAGGCUCUCAGCAUCGCCAUGGACAUGGUCUCGAGCAAGAACGUCGAGGAAGUUGUUUUGCUUUUGAAGAAAGAGCUGUCCAAGACUGUGGACGAGCAGUACGAGAAGGUUUGUGGCUCAAAACUGCUCCGGGAGCGCAACACUGACAGGCUUUCCAGNAACAACGAGUAUCGUUCUCUGCUCAUCCACUCCAUUCACCAGUGCGCCAUUAAAUUCUCCGAGGUCGCAGCCAGUGUUGUUGGUUUGUUGAUGGACUUUAUUGCUGACUUCAAUAACGCAUCUGCCGUCGAUGUCAUUCAGUUCGUCAAAGAGGUUGUCGAGAAGUUCCCCAAACUCAGAGCGACAAUUGUUGGACGCCUUGUAUCGACCCUCAGCGAGGUCCGUGCUGGAAAGGUUUACCGUGGCUCUCUUUGGAUCAUUGGAGAAUACUCUCUGGAAGCCAACGAUAUCCGUGAAGCCUGGAAGCACAUCCGUGCCAGUUUGGGAGAGAUUCCUAUCCUUGCUUCUGAACAACGUCUUCUCGAGGAACAGCCCGACGGCGAGCCGAACUUGAACGACCAGGUCAACGGAAACGCAAAGGCCGCCCCAACAGGUUCACGAAAGGUUCUUGCCGAUGGUACAUACGCUACUGAGAGUGCUCUUACUAGUCAGUCUGCUGUUAAGGCCAAGCUGGAAGCUGUCAAGGCUGCACAAAAGCCUCCAUUGAGACAGCUGAUCCUCGAUGGCGACUACUACCUUGCCAGUGUUCUUGCGUCUACUUUGACCAAGCUUGUGAUGCGCCACAGCGAGAUCUCGGACGACCAAGCUAGAACAAAUGCUCUCCGUGCUGAGGCUAUGCUCAUCAUGAUUUCCAUCAUUCGUGUUGGACAAUCGCAAUUCGUCAAACACCCCAUCGAUGAGGAUUCUAUCGACCGCAUCAUGUCCUGUGUGAGAUCGUUGGCAGAGUUCGCUCAGAAGCGUGAGCUCGAAAACGCCUUCCUCGAUGACACCCGAAAAGCGUUCAGAGACAUGGUCAAUGUUGAAGAGAAGAAGCGCGCUGAGAAAGACGCACUUAGCAAAGCCAAGAACGCAAUCCAGGUUGACGAUGUGGUUUCCAUCCGCCAGCUUAGCAAGAAGAACGCCGUGGAUGGCGCUGAUGAGAUUCAACUCGAUUUGGAGAAGGCCACUGGUGGUGACUCUGCAACGGAAGACCUCAGCUCUAAACUCAGCCGUGUCGUGCAGCUUACCGGUUUCUCCGACCCCGUGUACGCCGAGGCAUACGUUCAGGUUCACCAAUUCGACAUCAUCCUCGAUGUCUUGCUUGUCAACCAAACUCAGGAUACUCUGCAAAACUUGUCGGUAGAGUUCGCUACUCUUGGUGACCUCAAGGUUGUUGAGAGACCUACGACGCAAAAUCUGUCGCCAUUGGACUUCCUUAACGUUCAGGCUACGAUCAAGGUGUCUUCCACUGACACCGGCGUCAUCUUCGGAAACGUUGUGUAUGAGGGCGCUUCGUCGACAGAUCAGAACGUUGUCAUCCUGAAUGAUGUUCACGUCGACAUUAUGGACUACAUCCAACCAGCACAGUGCACCGAGACACAAUUCAGAACCAUGUGGACCGAAUUCGAGUGGGAGAAUAAGGUCAACAUCAGCACCAAGAUGCCGGCUGGCAAGGGUCUGCGUGACUUCUUGAAGGGGCUGAUGAAGGUCACAAACAUGAGCUGUCUAACACCGGAUGCCAGUCUUAGUGGAGACUGUCAAUUCUUGAGUGCCAACCUAUAUGCCAGAAGUGUAUUCGGUGAGGAUGCUUUGGCCAACCUCAGUGUCGAGCAAGAAGAUGGCACUGUCACUGGUUUCGUACGGAUAAGAAGCAGAUCGCAGGGACUGGCUCUCAGUCUCGGCUCACUCAAAGGCCUGAACAAGAUUGGCGACUAUGUUUGA